AUUGUCAAGGCAGUAGAGCUGACAGGAAGGGAUUUGAGUGCAGAGGAAAUUGCCGCUCUUCGAGAGGCUGACAAAAACAAUAGGCAGGCCAAUGACUAUGGAUGAUGUAACUGCCAUACUUGAGGCCAGAAAAAUCAAAGGAAAGCCACUAGAUCUGGUUGAAAUUGCUGCUCUCUUUGAAGCAACAAAAGCAGCAGAAAGAGCACUUUCAACUGAAGAGGUUUCCAGAGUUCUGGAAGACCCAGAAUCUGUGGAAGAAAUUCGAACAGCAGCUUUAGCAGAGCAGGUAGCAAAGUUGAAGGAGCAGGUGACAUUGCUUGGUGAACAGGUGAGCUCAGCUGAGGAAGUACGCUUCUCCUCAUUUGAAGAUGAGCCUGAGGAUAAACCCAAACUAGCAACAUUAGAAGAGAAGGCAGCCGAGGUAGAGGAAGAGGAAAUGAAAGACAAGGCUGAAGCAGAAGCAAGAGAGGAAGAAGAAGGAAGUUCUGAAGAAGUGUUUGUGGAUGUUGAAGAGGAGAUUGAAGAAGUUAGCCAGUUCAUGGCUCCACAAGCACCUGCUCCAACACCUGAGCAGGAAGAGCCUGUAACAGCUGGAUCAGUCUCAGACUCGGACCAGGUGGAACACCUGGCAGAGAUUCUCAAGACAAAACCACCGUUUGAGUUUGAGCAGCCGGCAAUGGGAGAUCAGGAAAUGCUGGCUUUGAUGGCCGAGGAAGUUGUCAUGGACCAGUUGUCUCCUAUCGAAGAGGAGACAGAACCGGGUUCGUCCUCCUCUGAGACAGAAGACGCACCCAGGAAAAGUCGGUCAUCGCAGGCCCUCAUGACUCCCAUUGAAGAGGAGACUGAUUCAGUCUUAUCCGACUCAGAGGCAAAGCCGGUUGAAAUGCAGAAAACGGCAGUUGAAGCCUAUCUGAAAUCACUCCCUUCACAGAUGCCAAUCAUUGAAGAAAGCACUGCAGAGUCAUCAGCUGCAGAGGAAUUAGUAGAACCUUCUCAAAAGGAAACGUUACCAAAGGCAACAGUCUCUGAGAUCAUAGAGCCUGCACCAAUUUUCUUUUCCUCUGUCAAGUCUCCCUUCCGUUCGAAGGCUCCGAUGGUGUUUGAGGCACGCCUGCCGCUUACCUCUGAUUCUGAGUCAGAAACAGAGCCGUUCGGCACACCACCAAAACAGCAGUACUUCCAGCCUAAAAGGCAGCCUAGCGGGCCUGUACGACUAACAUCCACCGGCAGGUCACCUGAGGAAAUCCGGAAACCCAUAGCUCAGAAAGUCUCAGCUGUACCAGGCACAACUCCUGUAGCUCCCAAACCAAAUGGCAGUAGUGUUGAAAUAGGGAAAACAUCCCCUUUGAUGAAGAAGUACCCAACACAACAAAGGUUUGAUGUGGAAGAAGAUGCACCUCAGUAUGCAGAACAGAAAGAGGAAAUCCCUCUGUAUGCACCAGAAGUAGUUCCAAAGCCUGUUUCCAGAGCUCCUCCCCCAGUUUUAACAGCACCUGUACAAUCUGUGAUUGCCCCACCCAUCGUAAGGCCACCAUCACCACCUGUAACUUACCAAUCAGCUAUACACGAGGCCCCACCGCUCCGACUGUCUCGCCCUGUGAGGGUCAAACCUAUACCACCUGUCCUCACCAUAGAACCAUCCCCAGAGAUGCCACGUAAACAAUUUGCUGAAGAAACGUCACCAGUUUUCCAAAGAACGCCUACUCCACCUGAGCCCUCUCCGGUUAAAAUGGCUCCAUUUCCAGCCUAUCAACAGAAAGUAUCACCAGUGUACACACCACCCAGGGUGGAGGGUAGACAACAAAAGGUAUCAACUCCUCCAAGUUUGCCAACUAGUCCGUACUUGAAGACACCUCCACCUGUACCACCAAAACCAAAGAGGCCAAAGUCAUGGGCAGGGUUGAGCCCUGUUAGCCCACUACAAAUGAAGUCUCCCACACCUUCUGAAGACACCGAGGUGAAGCAAAUUCUGCUCUCUCCUACCGAGGCUAAGGGUAAAGGCAUACCAACAGAGGAGGAUGUCCGUAUGUACAUCAGUCCUCUUCCACCCUUGGAGGUCGGUGAAGAGGAGGCAGACAAGCACGUGCAGAGGACGUAUGACGAGGAUGAGACUGGCAGUCUGACGUACCUGGAAACCGUGACUGUCACGUCUCCACCGCCCCAGCAACCCAGCCCGAUGCUGCAGGAGAAAAGUCCAACGUUUGUGGAAAGGGAGUACAGCGAAGACGAGACUGGAACUCUGACAUUCGCAGAAUCAAUCUCAAUACCAUCUGUGGAAGUGACUUCUGAGUCAGAGCUGGAGGCAGAUUUCAGGGAAGAGGAUGAGAUGGGAUAUGUGGAGCGUGAUUACGAUGUAGAUAAGUCAGGGAAUCUUAGAUACACCGAGGCAAUACGGUCUCCCUCUCCGCGCCUGUCACGGCCACAGAGUAUGACUGAGUCGGAGUUGGAGUAUGAAGCUGAGGAGGUGACCCAACUCCCACACCAACAGCCACGUCACCCGUCUUCUUCGGUACAGAUGUAACAGGAGCGGCAAAGUCACCCACCACACCUAGUCAGCUGAAAACACCUCCUGUAGUCCCACCCAAAACCUGGAAGGAGUUAGGCCUGCCAACUCCCUGGCCUGAGGGUUUCCAACCUUCCAAAACUCCAUCUCCUCAACCACCUACACACAAAGGGACAGGGACAGCUUCAGGGCCCCCAGAACCCCCUGUCAGAUCCUCAUCCAAAAAGCCAAUUCCUUCCCCACGGUCAUCAUUACAAGCCCCAAAACCCCUCCCAGAGCGAAAAAGACGUGAUUUCUGGCGAGGUGUAUAGAAUGAAAUUAUUUUUGUAGGUAACAAAGGGGAGGGAGAAUCUGACGGCUAACACUGUGGUAGGAAGGGGUGACUUUGCUGUUCUAAUCCAUGAAGUAUAUUCAGUACCUUAAUUACUUGUAUAUGAUCAACAAGUCUGCUGUACAGCAAAAGCAUUAUUACUUUGUAAAAAAUCUUUCUCAAUCUGGCAUUAAGAAACUAAAGCUGUCAUAUGGUAACCACUGCCUCGUAGUGAGAGUGAGUUAAAGUUGCAAAAUAUUUAAAAGAACACAACAUUAUCAUUUCUGAAUAUAAGUUAUUCUAUUGUAUCUUUGUAAGUCCAAAGAAAAGCGAGCAAGAUUUUGCUGCAUAAACUUAAAAUAUUGUAAUAGUGGCAGUAAGGCAUUUUUCUGCAUUGAGCAAAAAUCAUAUUCUUAAAAUGCUUCUCAGGGCAGAGGCUUGUAUUUUCAAAAGCUCAAUGAUAGCAUUUGAUUUUGCAGACUGCAUGUAAUGAUAGAAUAAGCAGAUGCAACAUAUUUUACUCAAGUGGCAUGUGUCAUCAGUGACAUUAGAGUCAUCGCAUUCACUCCCAAAAGCACAGGGUGAAUCGUUCUUAGCAGAUUCUUGUACCUUCAAUAGUACCUCUCUAGUGUACUCUCUAGGGCUGUUCCAAUGGAGGCAUGGAACACUGUCCCUAGAUUAGUAUGAUAUCUGCAGCAAUACUUUCAAUUGGGACAUGUCCCAUCCAAAAACAACAAAAAAAUUGAAUUUUAAAAAAUCACCGUAAAUAAGAUGCAUGUCACUUUUCUAGUGUAGUCCUAUUGAAGGUCCAAUAUUAACUGCACUUCCCCAUCCAAUGUAGUUGAGAGUUGACACUAAAAGUGUUCUGUGGUCAAGUACUGCCUGGGUUUUCAUUGUUAUUUUCUUAGAUGUGUGACAUGAAGAUGUAGUCUUGCCAUUUGUGUUGUAUUUUACUUCUGAGGAACCAAACUUGACUGCCACGUUGGCCCCAUGUCAGGCAUUGUUUCCAGUGGUUAGGGUUAGGUCAGGUGAUGAUAGGAAAGGGACUAGAGAUAGUGUCAGGAACGGGUCUCUAUUUCAAAUGUACUGUACUGUAUGAUGUUUUGUGGGGCCAACGCGGCAGCCAGAAAGGUUUGGUUUAACAGCAGUGAGGACAAUAAUAUUGUGGUAUUG